AUGCCUCUGGACAUCUCGAUCCUGCGGGCCUACCGCGGCGGCGACCCCGAGAAGGUGCGCGAGUCGCAGCGGCGGCGCUUCGCCGACGUGGGCCUCGUGGACAAGGUCAUCGCCGAGGACGAGGCCUGGCGCAAGCUGACGCAGGACGUCGACGACAUCAAGGCGGAGAAGAACAAGAAGCAGAAGGAGAUCACGACGCUGAAGAAGGCCAAGGCCGACGUGCCGGCGCAGAUGCUCGCGGACCUCAAGGCGCUCGACGCGAAGCGCGCGGCGGUCGAGGCCAGGGUCGAGCCCCAGGCGCAGAAGGUGAAGAAGCUCUUCAGCGGCAUCGGCAACCUCGUCGCCGACGACGUCGUCGUGAGCCAGGACGAGGAGAAGGACAACGAGGUCGUGUCGCGCUGGGGCGAGUGCGCGCCGACGGCGGCGCACAGCCACCACGAGCUCCUCUACAUGAUCGGCGGCUACGAGCCCGAGCGCGGCGUGCGCGUCGCGGGCCACCGCGCCUACUUCUUCACGGACGUCGGCGUCAUGCUCAACCAGGCCGUGAUCAACUACGGCAUCAGCUUCCUCCGGAAGCGGGCCUACAAGGUCAUGCAGCCGCCCUACAUGAUGAACAAGGACGUCAUGGCCGGCGUCGCGCAGCUCUCGGAGUUCGACGAGGCGCUCUACAAGGUCUCGGGCGGCGACGCGGACUCGGAGAAGUACCUCAUCGCGACGUCGGAGCAGCCCAUCUGCGCGUACCACAAGGGCGAGUGGCUCAAGGAGGCGGACCUCCCGCUCCGCUACGCGGGCAUCUCGACGUGCUUCCGCAAGGAGGCGGGCUCGCACGGCCGCGACACCUGGGGCAUCUUCCGCGUGCACCAGUUCGAGAAGGUCGAGCAGUUCUGCAUCACCGUCGGCGACCUCGAGGAGUCGGCGAAGAUGCACGAGGAGAUGAAGGACCUCGCCGAGGAGUACGUGCAGUCGCUCGGCUUCCCCUACCACGUCGUCAACAUCGUCUCGGGCGAGCUCAACAACGCGGCGAUCAAGAAGUACGACCUCGAGGCGUGGUUCCCCUUCCAGAAGCAGUUCCGCGAGCUCGUGUCCUGCUCCAACUGCACGGACUACCAGUCGCGGGCCAUGGAGAUCCGCUGCGGCAACAAGAAGAUGGGCGAGCGCGAGAAGAAGUACGUCCACAUGCUCAACUCGACGCUCGCCGCGUGCGGCCGCACGAUCUGCUGCCUCCUGGAGAACAACCAGACGCCGACGGGCGUCCACGUGCCCGAGGUGCUCUGGCCCUACAUGGACGGCCUCACGUUCCUCCCCUUCGUGCGCGACAUG